AUGGCCAAUAGCAGUAACAACAGUCAGUUACAAUCUCUGCAACAAUCGAGCCGACUUGACUUUCUGUAUGAAGCCAGCUAUUCAGUUCUUGGCCAAUGUCCUUCUUUGAGCCGCUAUUAUAUGAAUGAGUUUCAAAACACUCUGGCAGAGUAUGAAUUGACAUUACCAAAGUCUGUUCAACGAUCAGCAUGUACAAGUUGUGGACAGAUCACUCUACCUGGAUUGAACACAAAAGUGGAUAUUGUAACGGACGAUAAAUUGAAGAAGAUGAAGAAAAAAAAAAACAAGAUCGCAUCCGUGAAGAAGAAUAAAAUACAAUAUACUUGUCUGGCUUGUCAGCGUUCGAAAGUGUACAAUGGCUCCUUCAAGCGAAUACUACCCUCAAACAGUGCAUUGAAAACAGUUGCGCUCAAAAGUACGAACGAUAGCCAUUCAGUGUCAAAGAGUCAAACAACGAUGGUGACGAAGAACACUGCCAUUGUAACAAAGACGGCAAGUGCAACAGCCUCUCAACAUACCCGUCGUAAUGCAACUACCAUGGUCAAAAGUAGCAGCACCCACACAACGGCCACUCAUAUGGCUACUGUACAUAAUACGCAUACAUCAGGAAUCCAUAAGAAUAAACAAGUAGACACAUCCAAUAUACCUGCCACAACCGAUGCGGCUAUCCAAAAGAAAAAGAAGAACAAGGGCAAGAAGAAUAGUUUAAAGGCUUUGCUAGCCAAACAACAACAGCAACAGCAACAAAAUGCGAAUCAAGGCAAUAGUUUGGAUGAUUUUCUAUCUUUGUUAUAA